AUUUUCUCCCUGUCAUUCUCCCUCAAAUCUUUGAUCAAUGUACUACUGUAGAGAGCGGAGAUCCUGCAAAAGAACCCAUCAUUUUAAUCUUCACCUUUAGCUCGUGUGUAAAAACAAGCAGAAGAGAACUCAUCCUUCUGGAUUUGUUUGUUUUUAUUUGGUGUUUUUCCCCUUUUUGUUUCGGGGACACUUUUGUAUACUGGCUGUAUACCUUGAACUUAAAUCCCAUAGGUGACCAUGGCCGUCCCGGCUGCUUUGUUACCCCCGACACCGCUGGUCCCUCAGCCUCCGAUCUCCACUUCUACCGUCACCGCUACCUCCUCCUGUUCUCCUUCGGCGACCUCCUCUCCCUCUCCAGCGGGCGCCCCUACAGCGCAGACCCCGUACCGCUCCGAGGCGAUGACGACCUGCAGCCCCGGCGUGUCCGCCGCCAGCCUGCCGGGUAAACCUGUCUACUCGACACCUUCCCCCGUUGAGAACACCCCGCAGAAUAACGAGUGCAAGAUGGUGGAUCUGAGGGGGGCUAAGGUGGCUUCAUUCACGGUGGACGGACAGGAGCUGAUCUGCCUGCCGCAGGCUUUCGACCUGUUUCUGAAACACUUGGUUGGGGGUUUGCACACAGUUUACACUAAACUGAAGCGGCUGGAGAUCACACCCGUAGUGUGCAAUGUGGAGCAGGUCCGCAUCCUCAGGGGACUCGGGGCCAUCCAGCCAGGGGUGAACCGCUGCAAACUCAUCUCUAGGAAGGACUUCGAGACCCUGUACAACGACUGCACCAACGCCAGCUCCAGACCCGGGAGGCCUCCAAAAAGGACACAGAGUGUCACAUCCCCUGAAAAUCCUCAUAUCAUGCCGCACACCGUCCCAGGCCUCAUGUCUCCAGGAAUGAUUCCCCCUACAGUGGCAAGAUUCCACGCACUCUUCUACAGAGUCCAUUCUUGCACUGAUGAUAGUUUGCAGGAUAGUGACAAAUGUCGACCCAGCUCAGGUCUGACAGCUGCAGCAGCUGCCGCAGCUGCAGCCACAAAUGCGGCAAUUGCAGAGGCCAUGAAGGUGAAGAAGAUCAAGCUAGAAGUUAUGAGCAGCUACCACAGCAGCAAUAACCAACAUGGGGCAGACGCUGAAAAUGGUGACCUGAACUCCAGCGUAGGUAGCAGUGAUGUUCCCUGGGAUAAAGAGAAACUGCAGUCUCCUAAUAUCCAAGGAUCACAGGCCUCAGUAACCCAUGCCAGCCUGCCAGGACAGCAUAACUUUUCAGUUAGCCACCCCCUUAACUCACUCCAGCAGAACCGCCUUCUACCCAAUGGUUUGGAGCUGCCUUUCAUGAUGAUGCCCCACCCACUGAUUCCUGUCAGUCUACCUCCUGCAUCAGUUACCAUGGCGAUGAGCCAGAUGAACCACCUCAGUACCAUCGCUAACAUGGCUGCUGCUGCACAGGUGCAGAGUCUCCCUUCCAGAGUGGAAACCUCAGUGAUCAAGGAGCGUGUACCAGACAGCCCUUCCCCAGCACCAUCGCUGGAAGACAGCAGAAGACCUGGAAGCCACCCAUCAUCUCACAGAAGCAGCAGUGUUUCAAGUUCUCCAGCUCGGACUGAGAGCUCAUCAGACAGAAUCCCGGUGCAUCAGAAUGGACUGUCCAUGAAUCAGGCACUUCUGGGUUUGUCACCCAAUGUACUGCCAGGACCCAAAGAAGGCGAUCUUGCCACUCAUGACAUGGGUCAUGAUGCAAAGAGAAUGCACAUUGAGAAAGAUGAAACUCCACUUUGCACUCCAACAGCAAGAGACAACUUUGAAAAACUUUCCCUUGCGGGCCAGCCUUUGCCUCCUGGAUUCCCAUCACCAUUUCUCUUUCCUGAUGGCUUGUCUUCUAUAGAAACUCUUCUCACCAACAUACAGGGACUGUUAAAGGUUGCCAUCGAUAAUGCCAGAGCCCAAGAGAAGCAAGUCCAACUGGAAAAGACAGAACUGAAAAUGGAGCUAUUCAGAGAACGGGAGCUCAGAGAAACCCUGGAAAAGCAACUGGCAGUGGAGCAGAAAAACAGAGCAAUAAUUCAGAAGCGGUUAAAGAAGGAGAAAAAGGCAAAACGGAAAUUACAGGAAGCACUUGAAUAUGAAACGAAAAGGAGGGAACAAGCAGAACAGGCACUGAAGCAGACAUCCUCAACAGACAGCCUCCGGGCGCUCAAUGAUUCUUUGACCCAGGAGAUGGAAGCUGACCGCAGCAGUAGCAGAACAGAUGCUGAAAGGACAAUACAAGGUGACCUGCGUGAAUACAUGACAGCACCACUGCUCUGAGAGAGAUGGGAGGCUCUUCCUGAAAACAUCAGUGAUGUACUGAGUCAUUCAAGAAACUGUGCAGCAGUUGGUCGAUUAAAGACUUUACCGAGCAGGCAAGCCCGCCUGCAUUUCUUCAUUACAAGCAGAAAACAAGUGUGAACUUCAUUGUGCGAUGUUCAGAAUGUGCUGUCUCCAGCCCACAUUUACAAAAGAAAAACAAAUAAAUGAAAAGACUAAAACCUUCAUCUGUAAAUUAUAGACUGAGCAGCUAAUGCCAGAUAUGUUGAAGAUAACACUGCAAACCGAUGCGGAAAGGCUUUGCUACAAGGCACCACAUUCUGCUCCAAAAGCUAAAGGCCGAGCACAAGAAUAAGAAAUGUCUCGCAGUACAUCUAGAAACGUGUAUUUCGUUUUGUUUGUUUGUUUUUUAUAACCCAGGACUGCAAAUUUGAAGACUUUUGUAUUGUACUAAAAACCAGCAAGAAAGCUUCAGAUGGAAGGAUCCGAUUUUUUUUCUUAAGAUGUUACAAAGGAAGGACAUUUAUUGUGUAAUAUCAAGCAGAUGUUUAGUCUGAAUAAGCUUAUGAAGACAUUUCUGUUUAGUCCACUUGUUCAAGACAUCUACUCGGAAAAAAAACAAUCUAAUUUAAAACGUUUUUAGACAAAAGAAAAAAAUCCUAUGAUUCAUAGGCUGUUUUUCACCAUAUUGUAUAUUUCCUGUUCUGAAGUAAUUGGACGUUUUGGAAAACUGUUAACCAAGAUGAUGUGUAUAUAUAAAUACAAGUUAUGAGCAGAAGGUAUGAUGUAUGCAGUAGAUUUAUUAGGAAGCAAAACAUUAAAAAAGGAAGUUGUUUUUU